CUAUGGCGUCUUUUCAUCAUUUAGUCGCAUAAAGACAAUAUCCCAAGCACUUUAGUUUUUAUUCAUUUCAUAAACAUUCGAUUGAACUAUAACCGAAAUCAAUAUGAGUUUCUCCAGUGAUGAAGUAAACUUUUUAGUUUAUCGCUAUUUACAAGAAUCAGGCUUUCAUCAUUCCGCAUACACGUUCGGCAUCGAAUCGCAUAUCUCUCAAAGCAAUAUAAAUGGUGCGCUCGUGCCACCAGCUGCAUUGUUGACCAUUUUGCAAAAAGGUUUGCAGUACACAGAAGCUGAAAUCAGUAUUGGUGAAGAUGGUACAUUGAAUCGUUUAACCGAAGGUUUAAGUUUAAUCGAUGCUGUAAUGCCAGAGAUAAAAAGUCAAAAGAUUGCGCCAAAAGUUGAGAAUAUAAAAACCGAACCGACAAAAACCGAACCACUGGCACCGUCCGAAAUUAAUGGCGAAAAAACACCAGCUGCAACAACGACACCAGCCCAAGAAGAAACAAUGGAUGUUGAUCAAAGUAUCGAAAUUCCAGCGUCAAAGGCGACCGUUUUGCGUGGUCACGAAAGUGAAGUGUUCAUAUGUGCAUGGAAUCCAACAACAGAUCUGUUGGCCAGUGGUUCUGGUGAUAGUACGGCACGUAUUUGGGAUAUGUCCGAUAAUUCGACCAGUCCAAAUCAAUUGGUAUUGCGUCAUUGCAUUCAAAAAGGCGGCACCGAAGUGCCGAGCAACAAAGAUGUCACGUCAUUGGACUGGAAUUGCAACGGUACAUUGUUGGCAACUGGUAGCUACGAUGGAUAUGCUCGCAUUUGGACGACAGAUGGUCGUUUGGCUGAUACAUUGGGUCAACAUAAAGGGCCAAUAUUUGCAUUGAAAUGGAACAAAAAAGGAAAUUAUAUUCUGUCAGCGGGUGUUGAUCGUACGACAAUAAUUUGGGAUGCAGCGACCGGUCAAUGUGCUCAACAGUUUUCGUUUCAUAUGGCACCCGCAUUGGACGUUGAUUGGCAAACAAAUAAUUCAUUCGCAAGUUGCAGCACUGAUCAACGUAUUCAUGUUUGUAAAAUGGGCGUUGAUAAGCCAAUAAAAUCGUUCCAGGGUCAUACAAACGAAGUGAAUGCCAUCAAAUGGGAUCCACAAGGUCAAUUAUUGGCAUCAUGCUCUGAUGACAUGACAUUGAAAAUUUGGUCAAUGAAACAAGACAAUUGUGUGCACAAUUUCGAGGCCCAUUCAAAAGAAAUCUACACAAUUAAAUGGUCACCGACCGGAGCCGGUACACAAAAUCCAAAUAUGAAUUUGAUUUUGGCGUCGGCAUCAUUUGAUUCAACCGUUCGUUUAUGGGACGUUGAACGCGGCGCUUGCAUUCACACGCUCACCAAACACACUGAACCCGUUUACUCGGUUGCAUUCAGUCCCGAUGGUAAAUUCUUAGCGUCGGGAAGUUUUGAUAAAUGCGUACACAUAUGGAGCACACAAAGUGGACAACUUGUGCACAGCUACAAAGGUACCGGCGGCAUUUUUGAAGUAUGUUGGAAUUCACGCGGCAGCAAAGUUGGUGCCAGUGCAUCAGAUGGCAGCGUUUUUGUAUUGGACAUGAGAAAAUUAUAAAUUGUGGCACAAUUCUUGUUGAUUAUAAGGCACACAUUGAUUUUUGAUGACAACAAAACGCCGGUGACAAUUUAUCCAUACAUGCAUGAUUUAAACAAAACAAACGACAAAUAUUUUAUGUAUAUUAGAUGUUAAGAAUGCAAGAGAUACACGAAGAAAUUAA